AUGGCGGAAAAACUCGUUUUGAAGGGCACCAUGCGUGCGCACACUGACCAUGUGACGGCAAUCGCCACGCCGAUCGACAACGCAGACAUCAUUGUCUCAGCUUCCCGCGACAAAUCCAUCAUCCUCUGGAAACUCACCAAGGACGACAAGUCCUACGGUGUAGCUCAGAGGCGUCUCACUGGUCACUCCCACUUCGUCGAGGAUGUUGUCCUCUCCUCAGAUGGCCAAUUCGCCCUCUCCGGUAGCUGGGACGGCGAGCUCCGCCUCUGGGAUCUCGCCACCGGUCUCUCCACCCGCAGAUUCGUCGGACACACCAAGGACGUGCUCUCCGUCGCAUUCUCCCUUGACAACCGUCAGAUCGUCUCGGCGUCUCGUGACCGUACGAUCAAGCUGUGGAACACUCUGGGUGAGUGCAAGUACACCAUUUCCGAAGGAGGCGGCGAGGGACACCGUGAUUGGGUCAGCUGCGUCAGAUUCAGCCCCAACACUCUCCAGCCGACGAUUGUGUCAGCGUCGUGCGACAAAACAGUGAAAGUGUGGAACCUCUCGAACUGCAAGCUGAGAUCGACUCUCGCUGGUCACACCGGAUACGUCAGCACCGUGGCUGUAUCACCAGAUGGUUCGCUCUGUGCGAGCGGAGGCAAAGACGGUGUCGUUUUGCUGUGGGAUUUGGCAGAAGGGAAGAAGCUUUACUCUCUGGAAGCAAACUCUGUGAUCCACGCGCUCUGCUUCAGCCCUAACAGGUACUGGCUCUGUGCUGCGACCGAACAGGGUAUUAAGAUUUGGGAUCUGGAGAGCAAGAGCAUUGUUGACGAGCUGACCGUUGAUCUCAAGGCUGAGGCUGAGAAGUCCGACGGAAGUGGUGCUGCUGCCACCAAAAUGAAGGUUAUUUACUGCACAAGCUUGAACUGGAGCGCUGAUGGAAGCACCUUGUUCAGUGGAUACACCGAUGGAGUUAUUAGAGUUUGGGGUAUCGGUCGUUACUAG